AUGGGGCAAACAACAUCCAGUCACAAACAUGGCGAAUGCGGAAGCAGCAACCAAAGUUUGACUGCAGCAAGCACGUUCAACCCUUUCCUGCGGAGCAGCACCGCGUCCGACCGAGACACCUGCAGGUCAGGUUAUAUGCUGAAAGGAUUCGACAGCCCCAUCCUCAGGCCUGAAAGACGUGUCUCCUUCGUGCAACGCCUCUCCAAACACCGGGUGUGCGUCCUCUGCAGAGAGGUUCCGUCCCGGGUCAUCCCACUGCCAUGCGAGCAUGUCGGAUGUUACGGAUGCGUUGCGGUCGCCUGCCGCAGUCUCAAAGACAAGCGCCGCCCCGUCUGUCCUGAUGACGGUGCUACGCUGGUCAUUCACAAGGUCAGGGUUGUGGACAACUCGGACCACCUGUUCCAGAAAACGGUGCUGUGCCUAAACUCUCCGUUCGGCUGCCCGCACCAGUGCAAGCUAGAAGAGCUCCAGGGCCACUGUGAGGAAUGCCAGUUUACCCUUGUUACCUGCGAACUCUGCGAAAAAGACGUACGGAAGUGCGACUACAAGCAGCAUUACGAGCAUUGCUCUCAACGGAACCCGGCCGGAGGACUGGCCAUCCAUCAGUGA